CUUGCUACAAAGAAACGCAAACAGAAACGAAUACCCAGGAAUACCCAGAAAACUUGUUUAGCCGAUAGUGGAAGAUACGUGAUUAGUAUCAAAUAGGAUUAUCGAGACUUUUAAGUUUUUACAGCAGUGCAGUGAUAGUUUGUUGUGGUGAUGUGAUAAUCAAUAAUUAUGAGGCUGACCUAUGUUGUUUUUAUACUAUGGGCCAUUGCCCAAAAAAUAAGAGCGGCAUUAGAAUCCCCCUGUCCAAAAGUAUUUGUUUUUGAGCAAGACAAAUCAGUUGAUGGUAAAUGGUAUGGACUGAUAAAGUUAAUAACUCAGAGGGAUAUAACAGGUAUCACUUUAGAAUUGGAAUUUGACAAAUCGAUUAUACAAUUAGCGAAUCGGCUGGGCGUAGUAACAUCGGAUGACGACAAUAUACAAUUUACUAUAAGGAAUAAGAACCAAGAAAUAACAGCCGGUCAAACCUACAACGCAGAAAUUUUUGUAGUUUAUGAUACCUUGUAUGACUUAGAACCUCCACGAUUGGUGAAAAUUAAGUUCAACGGUAAAAAAAUAUGUUCUCGUUCCGAAGAGGAAAAAGUUAGUACUACAAAAGUUGUUGCGUCCCAUGAUUUUAAGAACCCAAGUGAUCUGUUCAAAAUUACCGAACCAAGGUGUGGAGUAAUUGUACCAUCUGAAAGUGGAUUACUUAUUCAUGGACAUGAUACAAACCCAGGGCAGUUCCCCUGGCAUGCUGCAGUCUACACAAAAAAAGGAAAGCAGAGAGUUUACAUUUGCGGAGCUUCUCUUAUUAGUGAGCAACACGUAAUCACAGCUGCUCAUUGCACUACUCUCUACAAUAAAAAUCGUAAUCCUGAAGACAUGGUUAUUGUGUUGGGCAAAUAUGGGUUCUGGGUAGAUGGUAAAAAUGAACAAACCUUUAAAGCCACCAAAAUUAUUGUACACGAAGGAUUCAAUAGGUCAAGUUUUUUCAACGAUAUAUCUAUAAUAAAGCUAGAUAGACCAACUCAAUAUACUAAAUGGGUAAGACCUAUAUGUUUAUGGGAAGGGGAUACUUCUCGUACUAGUAUCGUCAAUCACGUAGGUACAGUCGCUGGAUGGGAUAGAGAUUCCAACACUAAUCUAGCAGCGGAUCUGUUAAUGCAAGCACACAUGCCAGUCGUAGAUACUCUAAACUGUAUUUACGUUAAGCCCGAUUUUUACGGAUUAUUUACCGGACCAAACAAUUUUUGUGCCGGAUAUAGAAACGGUACAUCCACAUGCAAAGGUAGCUCAGGAGACGGUCUUGUCUUCCCAAAAGCAGGAUCAAAUGUCUGGCAACUACGAGGAAUUCGUUCCAAUGCAGUAUCUAAAGAAGGCAUCUGCGAUCCAAAUUACUAUGUAAUCUUUACAGACGUAGCUCAAUAUUUAGAGUGGAUAGCCCAACAACUUAAAAUAUAGUUUUAAUGAUAAUUACACAAAUAAAUUUAAUAUGUGUUAUACGGUAAGCGGCAAAAUAAGCAGUACUGAAAUUUGUAUGCCUCAAAUUUGUAUGUGUCAGGCGCCGAAACGUACUGAGUGGUUUCCGAACGUCGUUAUAACGGUUCCAUGACAUCUCGUAACGCGACAGUUCGUAACUAUACAAAUUCGUAACGGACAAUUCGUAACGUCCAAAUUGAAUUAUUCUGUUUAUUUUUGUUAACGUGAAAACUAAAUGUUAUUACAGUUAUAAAUGAAAUUAUGUUUUAUCAAUUUAACGAAUCAGUAUCAGGAUAAACAUUUUUAAGGCAUUUCAUAUUUCUUGUUUCAGAAUAUAAUAAAAGUAUUUAAACCAAGUAUUAAAGUAUUAAAAGCCAUCCCUCGUAUCAACUAUAAUCGUUGAUUAAAUACCCCAACGCUAUACCUAAUCACAAGGUUUAUUAUAAUAACGGGUAAUUAUAAUGUUUCCUUUACAAACUACUAGAACAUUGGGAAUGUCUAAAGACGGUUGUUGGCUUAAAGAUUUCACGAAUUACUUCAUUAUUCCUUUGUAUAUGCAAAUUUAAGAAACAAUAAGAGGGAUAAACUUUUAUAUUUUAUUAAAAAUAUUGUUAAAAGUUUGUAUGUAUUUAAAUAUUUGUUUGUUUUUAAAGACUUUUAAUAUAUUCCGAAACACGAAUCAUAAAAUGUUAAACAUGUUUAUUCCGGUACUGAUUCGUUAAAUUGAUAAACAUAAUGUCAAUUAUAACUGUAACAACAGUUAGUUUCCACGUUAACAAAAAUAAACAGAAUAAUUCAAUUUGGACGUUACGAAUUGUCCGUUACUAAUUUUUAUAGUUACGAACUGUCGCUGUUACGAACUGUCGCUGUUACGAAUUGUCCGUUACCAGUUGUCCGGUUAUGAACUGUCCCGUGACGAGAUGUCUGGUCACGCGCUAUAACAUAUGUGAAUGUCGUGAAAAUGUUGGGUGCUUCAGAAUGGUUCUUAGUUUUGCAGAAAAUGUUUUAUUGUGGAAUACUAUUUUCGGUCAUACGAAAAAAGUUACGAAAACGGUCCAAGCUUAAAAUCAACAAUGGUUUCAGCAGGACGGGACAACCUGUCACACUGCCAGGGAACCUCUUCGAAAACUGCGCGGUCAUUUUGGGAGUUGCCACUCACCAGAAAUAACGCCACCAGAUGCGUGCAUAUGGGGAAUGCUGAAGCAGUCAGACAGAUCCACUGUCUGCUAUUUCGGAAUUUCGGACUAGAAUUAAAGAUUUUUUCGUGAUAGAGACAGUGGUGGAUCUAGAAAUUUGCCUUGGGAGAGGCAAUUUGCCUUAGGGGGGAACUUCCUAUAAAAAAUCAACCAAAAGAUAUAAAAACCAAACACUUAUGUUAAAUAGAAGACAUAAAUAAUAACUUAUAGGCAUUCAGUUCGCUUAAUUUUCGUAACUAGCGUGUUUAUUGGAUUGAAUUUGUCUUUCUGUGGUUUCGGUUUCAUGUCAGCUAAUGUAGUUUUAUGUUUGAACAAUUUUUUUUUAAUUUUCGACUUUGUUAGUUGGAAAUUUUCCUCAAUUCCCGCAAUUUACAAAUUUCCGUAAAUCCGCCACUGGCUAGGGGGCAUCUUUAACAUCUGUUUUGUCGAGAACGUGCGUUGUUGUGAAUAAUGUUUGUAAGGCUAUAUCAUGUAUACUAGAUAUAUAAAUCAACUAUUCUAAAUGGGAAAUAAGCCACAAUUUAACUAAAAAAAAUGAUUUUAUUAACGUUUCAACGUCCAAAUCGAAUGUCGUUGUCAAAAUACAAAAUAUUGAUAAAUUAAACAAAAAUGUUGUUGCUUAGUAAAAAAUUCUGCUAAUAAUUUAUGUAAUCUGACUCAUUUAUAUCGGCAUAUAUUAUACAUUUUAAAGUAGAAGACUUUAAAAUGAUAUUGGUAAUAUUUAUGAGUUGCAAUUUAUUUAAAUUAUUAGAAGAAUUUUUUACUAAGCAACAACGUUUUUGUUUAAAUUAUCAAUAUUUUGUAUUUUGACAACGAUAUCCGAUUUGGAGGUCGAAACGUUAAUAAAAUCAUUGUUUUAGUUAAAUUGUGGCUUAUUUCCCAUGUAGAGUAGUUGAUUACAAAAAUGCCACAAGGAAAUAGCUUCACAAUAAUAUUAAGAUAUAUAAAUAUAGUCCACGUAAUGAAGCUUAAAAUAUGACAAAACCUCGCAAUUUUUACAGAAUGGAUCGAUUUGCUUGAAAAUUUGAGAAUAAGUAGUGAUCCAAAGAUCAAAAUCUAUAUGAUGCCGAAAGGCGCUUUUACCAUGGGGAUGGUUGCCACCCAAUGUCGGGGGUGGAAAUUUGUUAUUAUAUUUUGACCGCAAAAGUUGGUAAAAACGUUCAUUCUAAGCAGAAAACGUUCUAUACAUUUUUUUGAUAAAAUUGAUAGUUUUCGAUUUAUUCGCUAUCGAGAGUGUUAGUUUUAUAUCGAAAAAUCAAUGUUUUUAAUAAGUUUUCUGCAAAUAACUCAAAAAGUUUUCAUUUUGUCAAAACAACUUUGCUUAACAAAAUUGUACCUUGUGAAAAAAUCAACAAAACCGUUUUUUUUAUUUUCUUUAAGACCAAUAGUAAUAGAGCUAUACUUUAUUAUAGGGUCUAGGACGCUGCAUCGCCGCCAGUUCAUCGCCGCCGUUUCGAUGCCGCCAGUUAAUCGCCGGCCGAUUCAUCGCCGGCCGUUUCGAUGCCGCCGGUUCAUCGCGUCAGUUAAUCGCUAACUGAUAUAUUUCCGAUUUUUCGACCAAUUUUCGACAGUUACCUUUAUUAUUUAUUUUUAGUAGGUAUUAAUUAGGAAUUCUAAGAAAUGCGAGAUAUGACCAUUCCCGUUGCCAUACUUAAUCUUUUAAUAGACUUUUAAACUUUUAUAAUAUAAAAUGUAAUUUAACACUACAAAUUUAAUACUAUUUAGUAUCAAAUUUAGGGGAAGUAGACAUAGAACAGUAAAUUAAUAUAGUAAUAUUUUUUAUCUUUUUAUUUGUCAUAUUUUUGAACUGAAUUUAAUGUCGUGUCGUGUCAUCUCCCAUAAUACAAAAUCAACUGACUAACUGGCGAUGAAACGGCCUGCGAUGAAACGGACGGCGAUGAAAUGGACUGGCGAUGAACCGGCGGCAUCGAAACGGCGGCGAUGAAGCGGCGGCGAUGAAACGUCCCAUUCCGUUUAUUAUAUGUUAGCUCUUCUUCGUCAAAUGCUAAAUAUUGUAGUAUCAAAGUCAAAAGACGGGAAAACUAUGCAUUUUCGAGGAUAAAAUGUUUAAACUAAUUUGAAGUACUUAAAAAUAUUUAUCUCCAGAAAUAAAAAACAAGUCUUUAGCUUAAAAAUUAGGUGGCUUAUAAUGAAAAGAAUGGCAGUCCCUAUUUUUUUUAGUGAAAAAGUGAUCGGAAGCAAACCCCUAAUCACCACCCUAAUUUAAAUUAGUCAUUGACCUUAUUUGGUCUUCUUUAUUUAUGUAUUAUUAAUAGGUUCUAGAAGUUUAACCGGCUUAAAAUAAUUAGUUUUUAAAUAAAUGAAGUUAAAAGCGAAUAACGAAUUUUUGGAUUUUGAUAAAAAAUUCGCUUUUCUUCAGAAUAGAAAGAUAAGCUUCAGAUAUACGAAAAAAUGUUUAAAUAUGAAAUUGUAGCUUAUUUAAUUCCGAAAAACUUGUGUUGCAAAAAUUUUUUCUACGGUAAAAAUUGAGUGAGCUAUUGACAAUUAAAACUGGUAAUAACAUGCAAAAACCACAUUUACCAACCCUUUCAAAGUUACCACUUUUUACGACUGAAAAUUUGAAAAAGAUUUAAUAUUUAAUAGCCUAAAGACCUUGUAAAAAGCUACAAAAUUUUUUUUACCAAACUUUCUAAGAUAAAAAUUAAAAAGGUUACGGUUAAAAAAUCAAUAUAUUUUUUUGAAAAAAAAAGGAGAAAUCUAGUUGGAAGCAUAAUAAUGUAAGUUAGCGGUGUUUUUAGUCAUUGGUCUUAUUCAUUCUUAAAAAAAUAAAACGGGAUAAUACCCGAAGGUUGGCUGUAUACCAUCUAGUUAAAUAAAAUUAACAUGAAGUAAAACUCCCUAGUGUAGUUGGUAUAUUUAAUAAAAAUUCUAAAAAAAUUUUAAAAAUCCAAACGGAUUACGUUCAGAACGUUUUCGGACUUAUCAGUCCAUCAUCAGUGAACUCUCUGUCCUUGUUAAAUAGCCACAAUGCCAAACACUGGUCAAGAUAUAUGUUCUAACUACAUGGUGAAAUUUGUUAAACAAUUUGGCUUACAUUGGAUGCCAACGGAUUAGUACUAAAUAGAUACAGUACUAAUCCGUUGGCAUCCAAUGUAAGCCAAAUUGUUUAACAAAUUUCACCAUGUAGUUAGAACGUAUAUCUUGACCAGUGUUUGGCAUUGUGGCUAUUUAGCAAGGACAGAGAGUUCACUGAUGAUCGACUGAUAAGUCCGAAAACGUUUUGAACGUAAUCCGUUUGGAUUUUUAAAAAUUUUUUAGAAUUGUUAUUAAAUAUACCAACUACACUAGGGAGUUUUACUUCAUGUUAAUUUUAUUAUUCAUUCUUCUUUAUUUAUGUAUUAAUAAUAUAUUCUAGAAGUUUGAUUGGCUUAGAAUGAUUAGUUUUUAAAAAAAUUGGAGUUAAAUGCGAAUAACGACUUUUUGUAGUUUGGUAAAAAAUGCAAUUUUCUUCAGAAUAGAAAGAUUAGCAUCAGAUAUACGAAAAAAUGUUUUAAUAGGAAACUGUAAGUUAUUUAACUCCCAAAUACUUGCCUUCAAAAAAAUUUUUCUACGGCAAAAAUUGAGUGAAUGGUAAAUGAGUAUAUAUCGAAAAACAUUGAUUUUUUCAAUGUUUUUAUCAACUUUUGUAGUCAAAAUAUAAUAAAAAAUUUCCACCACGGAGAUGGGGUGGCAUCCAUCCCCAUGGUAAAAGCGCCUUUCGGCAUCAUAUAGAUUUUGAUCAUUGGACUAUUAACUGCGUAUUCCCAAAUUUUCAAGCAAAUCGAUCCAUACUGUAAAAAUUGCGAGGUGAAAAGCUUCGGUGCCUGGACUAAUAAUAAUAACAUUAUUUCAAUAUUCAUUUCAGUACUGUUUAUUUUGCCGCAUACUGUGUGUGCUUUAAACUCAUUUUGUAACCAUUCACGCGGUAAAAUUAUUUAAUUAUUUGUAAAAUAAAUUUAAAAUUAAACUUA